AUGGAGAUCAGCGGUCUCCCGGUGGAGCUGUGGCGCCUGAUUUUAUCCUACCUGCGUCUGCCCGACCUUGGCCGCUGCAGUCUGGUUUGCAGAGCUUGGUACGAGCUGAUCCUCAGUCUGGAUAACACCCGAUGGCGCCAGCUGUGUCUAGGCUGCAUCGAAUUCAGACACCCGAACUGGCCCAACCAGCCUGAUGUGGAGCCCCAGUCCUGGCGGGAAGCCUUCAAACAGCACUACGUCGCCUCAAAAACCUGGACCAAAAACGCCCAGGACUUCGAGUCCUCCAACUGCUUCUACUUGUUCCGAAGGAAGAAGGACCGCCACGUCCUCCGCGUUGGGCAGGGCUGUGAGUUCGAUACCCUCCGGGCCGCCUUGGCCUCGGCCGGCGUCUACGACCGGAUCGUGCUGCUGCCGGGGGUGUACGAAGAGCAGAGCGAGAUCAUCCUCAAGGUGCCGGUGGAGAUCGUGGGGCAGGGGAAGCUAGGAGACGUAGCCUUGCUGGUCAGCAUUGAUCAGCACUGCCCAACCACUCGCCUGUGCAAUGUGGUCUUUAUGCCAGCCUGGUUCACCCCCGUUGUGUACAAGACGACCUCUGGCCACGUCCAGUUCGACAACUGCAACUUUGAGAACGGGCAGCUGCAGAUCCACGCCCCGGGGACAUGCCAGGUGAAGUUCUGCACCUUCAAUCAGUCCAGCAUCCAUUUCCACAGCGUGGCCCUCGGGGUCCUGGAAAACUGUGAGUUCACUGGCAGCGAAAACGCCUCUGUCACCAUAGAGGGUAUCCCAUCAUCUGAAAGGAACUGGGCCUGCAAACACCUAACCACGCUGGCCAAGUCCCACUGCGUCUUACAGGCGUCAGACCCCACGCUUUGCAACGUCUCGAAGCGGGGCGGCUGGGGUGGCCCCCCAGCGAGGAACGUAAGGACCUGCAAGAUCGUAGUGGGUGGGGAUCAAAGUAAUUUACUUCCUGCUUCCAAGACUCAGCUGGUGCUUGAAAAAGCAGGUGAGAAAGAGGCUGAAGUCAAUGGCAGACUUUAUACAGCAAAGGAGGGGGAAGCCAUGACCCUGGAGACAGACUCUAGUGACAGCGAGCUGAGCACGAGCAGCGAGAAUGAGGAAGACGACCGGUCGAUGUACAAACUGUCCUAUCGGGCCCACGGUCUGAGCCACAUGCUGGCCCACGUGAUCCACAGCAGGCCGCAAACCAAUGGGCUCACCGCCUUGCAGAGGGACCUGGAGCUCAAAACUCUGCAGCAGGAGCUGCAGAGGGACAAGGAGGCCCAGUCUCUUGCCAGCUCUCUGCAAGGAUGCCUCAUUCGGAAGUGCCUGUUCAGGGACGGGAAAGGUGGGGUCUUUGUCUGCUCGCAAGGGCGAGCCAAGCUGGAAGGGAGCGUCUUCAGGGAGCUGACCUAUGCGGUGCGGUGCAUACAGAACAGCAAGAUCAUCAUGCUGAAGAAUGACAUUCACCACUGCAAAGCAUCAGGGAUAUUUCUGCGCUUGGCAGCUGGAGGUUUGAUUGCAGACAAUAACAUCCAUUCAAACUGCGAGGCGGGGGUGGAUAUCCGGAAGGGAGCCAACCCUCUGAUACUGUGUAAUAAGAUACACAGUGGCCUUCGCUCAGGCAUCGUUGUCCUUGGCAACGGAAAAGGCAUCAUCCGUAGCAAUCAGAUCUACGGGAAUAAAGAAGCCGGCAUUUAUAUUCUGUAUAAUGGGAACCCCAUUGUGAGUGGGAACCAUAUAUUCCAGGGGCUUGCAGCUGGUAUAGCAGUGAAUGAGAAUGGAAAAGGCCAAAUAAUAGAAAACGUCAUUCGUGAGAACCAGUGGGGAGGGGCGGACAUCCGGCGCGGGGGUGACCCCGUCCUCAGGAGCAACCUGAUCUGCUGUGGCUACUCGGAUGGAGUGGUGGUGGGAGAGAGAGGCAAGGGGCUGAUCGAAGGAAACACCAUUUAUGGUAACAAGGGCUGUGGCGUGUGGAUAAUGUCCUCCAGCCUCCCUCACAUCACAAACAACCGAAUUGGCCACAACAGCAUCUAUGGGGUGGCCGUGUUUUGCCGCAAGGACAAUGCCAACGACUAUCUCGCCAACCAAGGCGGCAACGAGAACUUCAACGACGAGGGCGAAGCUGCCAGCUGGGAGAAUGACUUGGACAGCGAGGACGAGCGCUUCACCUCCCGACGGCCCAUCAGCGUGGCACUGGUGGAGUCCAACAGCAUCAAUCACAAUGGAGCCGCAGGCUUGUACGUCAAGAGCAGCGAAGCACUUAACAUCAUAGCCAACGCCAUCCAUGCCAACCACGACAGCGGGGUUGCUGUGUUUCAGAGCAGCCAGCUCACACGACUCGCCAACAACAGCAUCUCCUGCAACAGCCUCGGAGGGGUGCUGAUCGAAAGCGAGGCCAGAGUGGAGCUACGUGGCAAUGGCAUUUAUGACAACAGCAGCCACGGCAUCACCUCCAAGGGCGACGGGGUCAUCGUUGAGAACGACAUCGUAGGCAACCGGGGAUGUGGCCUCCAGUUGUUACAGACUGCGGACAUGAAGGUAACCAAGAACAGGAUCCAGUCCUUCUGGGAUUAUGGGAUUGUUAUGCUUGACCAAACCAAAGGCCUGGUGCAGGAAAACCUGAUUUUUCAAGGGAGGUCCAAGAAGACCAUUUUGCAGCAGGUGUCGAAUGCAGAAGAUUGUAUUGUGCAGAACAACAAACUCCUCACCUUCAAGAGCAAAUCUGACGCUGCAUGGACCCUGGAGAACCCUCCAGCACGACCUCACAUCGAAGGAUCCACCCGAGGAACCUCCACGGCAACGAACAGUCAGAAAGUUACCACCAUGUCGACCAGGAUAGCUGCACGGAUGGACGGAGGCUGUCACAACAACGGGAGCAUCUUCUGCACUAUUCUUUGA